AUGCAGAAGCUCCUCGUGCUCCUCACACUUCUCUCACAGCACGGUUGUGGGAAGCCAAUAGUUUCACAAAGAAUCGUAGGAGGAGCGGAUUCGGCACCUGGAGAAUGGCCAUGGCAGGUCAGCAUUCAGCUUGAAGACUUUCCCGAAUGCGGGGGAUCACUCAUCACCAACUCCUGGGUGCUGACAGCGGCUCAUUGCUUCACACAGUCGAUGAAUGUCUCAGAAUACACCGUAUACCUUGGGGCACAUCAGCUAUCAGGACUGCAGCAGUCUGGAGUUGUAGCCAGAGGAAUAAAAGGAAUCAUAAUACACCCCGACUUCACAGAAGAAGGAUCCAGUGGAGAUAUUGCCUUAGUGGAGUUAGAGAAUCCGGUCGAUUUCACCUCCUCUAUACUUCCCGUCUGUUUACCAUCUGCGUCUGUGAACCUUCCAGCGGGAACCUUGUGCUGGGCAACAGGAUGGGGCGCCUUUAAAGAUGGCGUGCCACUGGACAACCCCAAGACUCUCCAGGAGGUCCAGCUCGCUCUGAUAGACAACAAAAACUGUGAAUCCAUGUACCAAGCCAGCUUGGGCUAUAACCCCAAAUUGAAGCUGAUAAAAGACGACAUGAUGUGUGCCGGAUACAAGGAAGGAAAGAGAGAUACAUGCCAGGGUGACUCCGGUGGACCCCUUGUCUGCAGUUUGAAUGGUGCCUCGGUGCAGAUGGGAAUUAUUAGCUGGGGUUUUGGAUGUGCUGAGCCAAGUCAUCCUGGUGUAUACACGAGAGUCCAAUAUUACCUGCCCUGGAUACAGAAGUAUGUAGCCUCCUUGCCGAACAAUAAUGGGUUGAAGAGUGUUCACCUGGUGGACAAGAUCAGCAAAACAUCUCCAAACAACAGCAGCCAUAGUGAUAUUCUAUUUGACCCAAACCAUAUGGAGAGUGGAAAUGUAACUGGUAAUGGUACUGUGCCCAAGAUGCAAUUUCUGGUUGGCAAUGGAGCCCAUUCGAAUCUAUGGUCAAUGGCCAAUUCCAUGCUAAUCCUCCUGGGUCUUGUGCUUCGUCUGUGA